AUGCUGUUGCAACAUCGCAUUAACAUAUUGCUCUUGAUCUUAUGGAUGUUGGCUUGCACAGUCAUAGCUCAAGAAGAUACCGACGCUGAGGAUGAAGGCGCUAUUGCAGAACAACCGGAUUCAUCUUCAAUUGACAAUAAACAAGAUGAUAGUUAUGGAGACGAUGAUCAAGUAUCUACCAAAAAUACCAACCAAGAAUCAAGCAGCAGCAGCUCAUCGGAUACUACGGAUGACGAUGCACCUAAUGUACCUGAGCCAGGGGCUACCUUGCAAGGUGCCGACCAAUCAACAUCAUCCGACUCGUCCACGCCAUCCGACAAGUCAAUGCAGCCCCAAUCUACUACUGAUGCCGACAUGGUUCAAGCUGAUAAAGGUGAUGGCGAUGACAUUUCGCCAAGCCCUUCUUUAUCAGACCAAGAUAAUCUCCCAGUUGUAAAUAAUCAAUCUUCACUUCAACCAAAAUUCAAUGUGAGUGAGUCAACAUGUACAGCGCUCAAGCAGCUGUAUAGCGGAUUGAGCGGCAAAUCUUGGGUUAUCUCAACUGGAUGGUCAAACGGCAAUAUGACAAGUUGUUGCGACGGCUGGUAUGGCGUUACAUGCAUACAUGGUGCUGUUACUAAGAUUGAUCUUCGUGGCAAUAAUCUUGUCGGCUCACUUCCAAAUGUAUUUGAUAAGCUACCUCAAUUGGCGAAUCUUGACUUGAGCAACAAUGCUAUCACUGGCGCAUUUCCUUCAUCAUUGCUCAGCAUGGAAUUUCUUCGAUACUUGAAACUUGAUUUCAAUCAUUUUAGUGGUAGCUUACCCAAUUUCGCAUCUAUGCCUGCAUUGACUAGCAUUCAUUUGAAGAAUAACUCUUUUUCCGGUGGUGUUCCCGAUUCCUGGGGCAAUCUGAUGGCAUUGAAAGACAUAUACCUUAGUAACAAUAACAUCACUGGAAGCUUCCCUGUAUCUCUCUUACGGCUGUCUAGCCUAGAAAACUUAGCACUCGAUAACAAUGCCUUGAGUGGUAUGCUCCCUCAAUCUAUCGGUAGCUUGACAGCAUUGCAUACAUUCAACCUCAAAGGAAAUCAUAUGCUUGGAAACAUCCCGGAUGGCAUCGGCAAUAUGACAGCACUCACGAACCUGUUGUUAUCGCACCAGAUGCUAAAUGGAAGCAUUCCUGAGUCAAUGUAUAGACUUGAGAAUCUAGAAUAUUUAGAUCUUUCGAAUAACAGGCUCACAGGCAAAAUCUCUCCUCAAAUUGCAAAAUUGCAAAAUGUCAAAAAACUUAUGCUUGGACAUAAUGCAUUGACUGGAACAAUUCCUGACGAGCUUGGACAGCUUGUCAAUCUGGAAUUUCUAACGCUUAAUUACAACCAGCUGAACGGCCAAUUCCCUUCUUUCAUGGCGCCCCGUCAACUUGGCUAUUGCUAUAUGACCCCGAAUCAGUUCCAGUUAUGCCCAGACGAGAAAAUUGCUACUAAUCCAGAUAGCAUGGCUUUCCAAUGUUCAGUACACUGCGCCAAAGUUGGCCCCCAUACUAGUGACGCGAAUCACAGCGGGGUUCUUCAUUCAUCAGCUAUUUUACCAUUACUUCCAUUUACAUUGGUCAUUCUCUUCGUCACUGCAAGAUACCAUGCAUUGUAG